AUGGUUGAACCGGUUGCCGACCACGAAAAGGCAUACGAUAGUAGCGACGAGGUUCAUGGCCCACCCCCAGUGAUUUACGAGCAGCCAAAAGGCCUCAAUGGAUUUUACAUGAAUCCUGUCACGCAGGUCGCCUUGUUGGGGGUCGUUUGCUUUAUGGGACCUGGGCUGUUCAAUGCCUUGACUGGGUUGGGAGCCGGUGGGCAGGUCGAUUCUCAGACCAAUUCCAACGCAAAUAGCGCCCUCUACUCGACAUUCGCCGUUAUGGGGUUCUUCGCUGGCUCAAUUAAUAACAUUCUCGGACCAAAACUUACCCUCUUGAUUGGAAGUAUGGGUUACAGCUUGUACAUUGGAUCAUAUUUGGCGAUGAACAUUCAUUCUAACGCAGGUGGCUUUGUCGUCGGUGCAGGAGCCAUCCUUGGGCUAUGUGCCGGCCUUCUGUGGACCGCUCAGGGUUCACUGAUGAUGGCGUAUCCGACAGAGUCGCAAAAGGGCAAGUUUAUCGGUAUUUUCUGGUCUAUUUUCAAUCUGGGCGGCGUCGUCGGUGCGUCUGUUGCCGCUGGGAGAAAUUGGAAGUCAACAGCUAAUGCUGUUGAUAAUGGCACAUAUAUUGGUUUCUUAAUUCUUACCCUUAUCGGUGUUCUGGUCCCGUUGCUAAUGGCGAACCCAAACCGCAUGAUACGCUCCGACGGUACGAAGGUCACCACGCCUCGUCAGCCUUCAUGGAGAACCGAAUUCAUGGGUCUUUUCAUUACACUUAAGACAGACCCUAUGAUUGUACUUCUCUUCCCUAUGUUCUUUACCUCUAAUUGGUUCUACACAUGGCAAUUUAGCGGCUUCAAUGGCGCCCUAUUUAGUAUCCGUGCUCGUGGCCUUAAUAAUGUUUGCUACUGGAUCUCGCAAAUCAUUGGUUCCGUCCUUAUUGGUUUACUCCUGGACCGGAAAUCCCUCAGUCGUCGCGUGCGGGCCUUUUCCGGCUGGACCGCGCUCUUCCUGAUGGUGUUUGCGGUCCACAUCUGGGGAUAUUUCUACCAGAAGGAAUAUUCCCGGGAAACUGUGCCGCCAGAAUCGAAUAAAAUGGAUAUCUACGACCAUGGAUACGCGGGUCGGGUUAUGUUUUAUAUCUGCUGUGGCAUUCUCGAUGCGAUGUGGCAAACGACCGCCUAUUGGCUUAUGGGAGCUAUGUCAAACGACCCAUCCAAGCUAGCAUUCUUUGCCGGAUUUUACAAGUCCCUUCAGUCGGCAGGUGCGGCAGGAAAUUGGCGUGCUGAUGCUGUCAAGGUUCCGUAUAUGAAUAUCUUCAUUUCCACCUGGGUGUUGUUGGUUUCAGGACUUGUCUUUGCGUUGCCGAUGCUCAUUUUGCGGGUGAAAAACCACACCGACCUUGAUGAUGAGGUUUUGUAUGUCGUUCGAAUAUCUUUAAUGUGUGUAUCGUCGCUGACAUGA